UGUAGUGAUAUUUAUGUGAGGUCGGAUUUGAUUUUAAGGUUCUUUGAGAAAAAGUUUUUCCAAAUCUGAUUUACACGGUUGCGGGAUGAAGGGCAAGCAACUGGAGGAAAUGGGAGAAUUGCCUGUAUUAAUACACAUCCACACACCCAGGCCCGCAAAGACUUGUUGGUACUGGAGAGUAAACGCGUUCGUCUGUAACCCAGAAGGGUCUGGCAGAGCCGAGGCGGGCGGUGAUCUGGCUCAGCAGGCAGUGGCCUCGCCAAGCACCCAGAAGCCCGGCGUCCCCGCAGGUCCCGGAGGCCGCGGCGUCGUGGGGAGCUGGGCUCGGACCGCCGGCGGUUGCGCCGGGAGAGCCCCGCGGGGAGAGCACCAUGAGAGCUGACUCCCGGCCUCGGCUGGAGGAGGGCCACCUGGUGAGCGGCGAGGGGCGGGUCGACCUCGAGAGGUGGAGGAUCAGCAGCUACCCAGGCAGGGCGAAUGGGAGGGCGGCGCCAACGAGCUGAGGAUGACUAGAGGAGGGCCUUGUUCGUGGAGUGAGCGCAUCCGCCCCUCUAGGAGUAGGACGGGGACCCAAGCGAGGCCGGGACCCGAACUCUAGGAGUGGGAGAGGGGACUGCCAUGAAGUUUCCGGGGGCCUGAGCCCGCGUUGCCACAACAACGCUUCACUUCUCUGGGGUCUGGGGCCCGGUGGGUUCCGGGGCUUCCAGCUGGGCCUCUCCUAAACUCCUUGGAGGAGAAGGCUGUAGCCGCCCAGAAGAGAGAUCGCUGUUUGCCUGCGGAGUUCUUUAACCAAGGUCUUCUUUCACUCCCCACUCCCCGCAAACAAAUCACGGCGACUACUUAGGAAACCACGGGAACUGAUUGGAGCGCUACGGCCGCCGGAUCUCUGCUCCUGGGCAUAUCACCCCCAACUCCGAGGUCCCCUUUUCGGCAGGGCUAGUCUGGGACGGCCAGUCCACGUCCCAGCGUGCCUCUUACCCCGACAUCCCCCCAGGGGGUUGAGCGCCGGGAAUUAGCCCAGCGGCGCGGCCCGAUGACGCAUUGCGCCUGCGCGCGCGGCCGAGCCAAGACGGGUGGGGUGCCCUGCGCCGGGGGCCGGCGGCGGCCGGGGCUGGCUAUACGCGGAAUGGGGAAGAAGCCUGUGCGUCCUCCACGAGCCCUUCCACCUGUGCCAAGUCAAGAUGAUAUUCCACUUAGUCGUCCUAAGAAAAAGAAGCCCAGAAUAAAAAACACACCAGCCAGUGCUUCUUUGGAAGGCCUUGCUCAGACUGCUGGUCGAAGGCCCUCUGAGGACAGCGAGCCAUCAACUAAAGAACUCAAAGAGCACCCAGAGGCUCCUGUUCAAAGGAGACAGAAAAAGACAAGGCUACCUCUUGAAUUGGAGACUUCUUCCACCCAAAAAAAGGCAUCUAGUUCAUCUUUAUUACGAAAUGAAAAUGGUAUUGAUGCAGAGCCAGCUGAGGAGGCAGUUAUUCAAAAACCUCGGAGGAAGACAAAGAAAACCCAGCCAGCAGAAUUACAGUAUGCCAAUGAGCUAGGAGUAGAAGAUGAAGACAUAAUCACUGAUGAGCCAACUACUCUGGAACAGCAGUCUGUAUUCACUGCACCCACAGGCAUUAGCCAGCCUGUAGGCAAAGUAUUUGUGGAAAAAAGCCGGAGAUUCCAGGCUGCUGAUCGUUCAGAGUUGAUAAAGACCACAGAAACCAUAGAUGUGUCAAUGGACAUGAAGCCUUCCUGGACCACCAGAGAUGUGGCACUUACAGUGCACCGGGCUUUCAGGAUGAUUGGUCUCUUUUCUCAUGGAUUCUUGGCUGGCUGUGCUGUGUGGAAUAUUGUUGUGAUAUAUAUUUUAGCAGGAGAUCAGCUAUCCAACCUCACAAACCUUCUGCAACAGUACAAGACCCUAGUGUAUCCGUUCCAGAGUCUUCUCUACUUGCUUUUGACUCUGAGUACAAUUUCAGCUUUUGACAGGAUUGACUUUGCUAAAAUAUCAAUAGCAGUCAGAAACUUUUUGGCCCUGGAUCCUACAGCUUUAGCAUCUUUCUUAUACUUUACUGCUCUAAUACUAUCUCUGAGUCAGCAAAUGACAAGUGACAGAAUCCACCUUUACACACCGUCUUCCGUUAAUGGGAGCAUCUGGGAAGCAGGAAUUGAGGAACAGAUUCUGCAGCCAUGGAUUGUGGUGAAUCUCGUGGUGGCUCUUCUGGUUGGAUUAUCUUGGCUAUUUUUGUCUUAUAGGCCAGGCAUGGAUCUUAGUGAAGAGUUAAUGUUCUCCUCAGAGGUGGAAGAAUAUCCUGAUAAAGAUAAAGAAAUCAAAGCCUCUUCGUAAUACCAGCUCACCUUUGGAGGAAUAAUGACCCAGUAUUUGUCCCAUUUUUAUUUUUAAAUGUAUUUUUAUAAGAUGUGUACAUGUGUAUUUGUAAUAGAUUUUUAAAUUAAUACUGAAACAUUUCUCAAUAUGAAAAAUGUUAAAAUUGUAUUUGCUGUUUAUGUCCAAAUAUUAAUUUGUACAGCAUUAUCAUCUUACAAAGGGAAUAAUGAGCUAGAAAACCAGCAAAUGAAAAUUUGUAUUUCCUGUUUUCUCAAAAUAGUUGUAUUUAUAAUCAUUAUCUUAAAAAGCACUGGUGGGGCAGGGCGCAGUGGCUCACGCCUGUAAUCCCAGCACUUUGGGAGGCUGAGGCGGGUGGUCACGUGGUCAGGCAUUUGCGACCAGCCUGGUCAACAUAGUGGAACCCUGUCUCUACUGAAAAUACAAAAAAAAAAUUAGCCAGGUGUGGUGGUGGGCGCCUGUAAUCCCAGCUACUCAGGAGGCCGAGGCAGGAGAAUUGGUUGAACCUGGGAGGUGGAAGUUGCAGUGAGUCGAGAUUGCACCACUGCACUCCAGCCCAGGUGAUGGCGCGAGACUGUCUGGAAAAAAAAAAAAGCACCAGUUCAGAAAAAGCCGUAACUUAAAUAGUGUUAUGAAAUAUAUAUCAUGUUUAAAUGUAAAUUUAGUGAAUACAUAGAGGGAAACAAAAGGCCUUCAUUUUUUUUUUUUUUUGGUGGGGGGAGGAAGGGCCUUCAUUUUUGACAUCCCCUUACUGAAUAAAUUGAAAAACAAAAUUUGUCUUUUCGAAACUGGCUUAGUGAUUGAGUAUCAUGAAUAAUUAUGUAAUUUAGCUUUAAAGAUGCUUUACAUUAUGGCUAAUAAGAGAAUAUCUUUUGUUUGAAAAAUUGUAUAAUAUAACCUAAAAUUUUUACCUAGAGGUAACUAAAAAGUUGCUUCUCAUUAUAAAUUGUACUAGUGGUUCUCUUAUCUGGUGGUACAUCAGGAUCAUAGAGGGAGUUUCAAAAAAAAUCUAUGUAGCAAAAGAGGCUGAACAGGGCAAGGCUCAGGGGAACAAAGGAGAGACCUGUGAGCUUCCUGGGCUCCCAGUUAACAUCUGCAGUACCCUUUCCUCUGUGUCUUUUUUUUGAGCAACAAUAAAUUUGAGUAGAAAUUCA